AUGACCAAUCGAUGCGAGGGGGUCGAUUUCAGCAGUGAUGACAUUCCAUGGGCGUACUGUCCGUCAUUCCCAGCGGCAGUUUUGUUCGCAGCCCUGUUCUUCCUCCUUACCGUGACACAUGCCGCCCAAGCAUUCCUUUUCCGAAAGCGGUUGCGGUCCCUAGGGCCUUAUAUCCCAGCUCAAAUCUUGAUCAUUCUAGCGCCGUUGUGGCUCAAUGCGUUUAUUUAUAUGGUGCUCGGCCGCAUGAUAUAUUUCUUCCUGCCAGAGCAAAAGUGCUUUGGUAUCUCGGCGAAAAGGCUUACCUUGAUAUUCGUCAUCCUUGAUGUUACGGCUUUUCUGGUCCAAGGCAGCGCCAGCAGUUUGCUCUCGUCGGACGACCCAAACACCAUGAACAUUGGGAAAAAUUUAUACAUGGGCGGCAUCGGUGUCCAAGAAUUCUUCAUCCUCGUAUUCGUUGGCCUGGCGAUUCGCUUCCACUAUAAAAUGACAUAUGUCGAAGCCAUCCAUCCACCGUCCUACCCAUGGCGGCCCCUUCUCUACUGUGUAUAUGCCGGCCUGGCCCUGAUUACGAUCCGCAUCAUCUAUCGACUUUGCGAAUACGCCCAGGGCGUCCAUACCCCACUCGCCAAAAACGAAGCUGCAUUCUACGUCCUCGAUGCAACCACCAUGGUCAUCGCAUUGUUUCUUUUCAACAUCGUCCACCCCGGCCGUUUCCUCGUUGGCCCGGAAAGCGAGUUUCCGAAAAAGGAAAAGAAAGAUAAGAAGAAGGAGAAGGAGGAGAAAAAGGCUCUACGAGAAGCAGAGCGGUCGAAGAAGAGAAAAAGGUCGUGGAGGAGGAGAAAGGAGGGCGAUCUAGAGGCGGAUGGUGAUGAGACGUCGUCACGCGAACUCGGGAAUCAGGAGUUUUCGGAUAACGCACAACCAGGCCUCUUACCUGAACACGGCGGUGGCUAUCAUUGA